CCGCCGUUGUACCGCUCCCCAAAAUGGCGUCUCCUCCCCUCCCCUCCCCUACUCAACCUCGCCCACCCACCCGCCGAGGUAGCUCCGGCGACGGCCUCUUCUCCCCCGCCGGCGAACCCAUAGAAACCUCGUGCUCCCGCGAAGCUGUGAUGCGCCAUCACGCUCCGCCCGCGCGGCCUCCUCAGCCUUCCCCGGGCCCAGGGACGCCACCGCCGCCGCCCCGGCCGGCGUGGAACACCAACCGCAACCUGGUGGUGACCCACCCGCUGCUCGCCCUCCUCGAGUCCUGCGCCUCCUUCCCGCGCUUCCUCCAGCUGCACGCGCUGCUCACCGUCUCCGGCCUCGCCGCGGGCCGCUUCCCGGCGUCCCGCCUCCUCGCCUUCUGCGCCCUCUCCACGCCGCCCCGCGUCGACCACGCCGCCGCCAUCCUCGCCCGCGCCCCCGCCCCCGGCCCCAACGCCUACAUGCUCGCCACCAUGAUGCGCGCCUUCCUCCGCGCCCGCCUCCCGCGCCGCGCCCUCGCGCUCUUCCGCCGCGUCGUCCGCCAAGCCCUCCCCGCCGACGCGCGCACGCUCGUCUUCGCGCUCAAGGCCGCCGCGGCCGCCGAGCACGGGCCGUCGUCCGCGGGCGGGGAGGGCGUCCACUGCGUCGCCCUCAAGUGGGGGUUCGUUGGCCGGAGCGUGCUCGUCGGGAACGCGCUGGUGCACUUCUACGCGGACCACGGGUCGCUGGCGCGUGCGCGGAGGGUGUUCGACGAAAUGUCCGAGAGGGACGUCGUUUCCUGGACGACCAUGGUGGACGGGUAUGCGCGGAGGGGGUUGGCUGACGAUGCCUGGCGCGUGUUUUGCAGGAUGGUGGUGGCGGGGGGCCAGCAGCCGAAUGAGGUGACGCUGGUUGCGGCGCUGUCGGCGAUCGGGCAGAUGGGAUUGCUGGCACUGGGGAGGAGGGUGCAUCGGUAUGUUGCAGAGGGUGGUUUAGGUGGAAGCAUUAGCUUGGCGAAUGCGCUGAUCGAUAUGUUCAGGAAAUUCGGGUGCAAGUCCUCUGCCAGGGAGGUUUUUGACGGCAUGGCGGUCAAGGAUGUGUACUCCUGGACGACCAUGGUUAACGUUUAUGCCAAGUGCGGUCACUUGGAGAGUGCAGCUCAACUGUUCGAGGAUAUGCCUAGGAGGAACGCAGUUUCUUGGAGUUGCAUGAUCGCUGCUUACUCACAGGCAAAUCAGCCUGAGGAAGCAGUGAGGUUGUUUAAAAAGAUGAUUGAAGAAAAUGUUGAGCCGAUUAAUGCUACCCUUGUAAGCGUGCUUCCGGCCUGUGCUCAGUUAGGUUGCCUGGAUCUUGGUAGGUGGAUAUAUGAUAACUACAUUGUCAGUGGUAAGGUUGUACUUACCGUGAAUUUAGGUAAUGCAUUCAUUGACAUGUAUGCAAAAUGUGGAGAUUUGGAUGCAGCAUCAAGAUUGUUUGCUGAGAUGGGAGAGAGAAAUGUAGUGAGUUGGAAUUCGAUGGUCAUGGCCCAUGCUGUGCACGGUCAGUCUGAACAAGUCCUUCAUCUCUUUGAGCAGUUGAAAGGAACAGGUAUUGUGCCUGAUGAGAUCACAUUCCUUGGGCUACUUUCUGCAUGCAGUCAUAGUGGGUUGGUUUCAGAAGGGCGUCGGUAUUUUAAAGAAAUGAAAAUGGGCUAUCAGAUUGAACCCAAAGCAGAACACUAUGCAUGCAUGAUUGAUCUUUUGGGGAAAAGUGGACUUCUUGAAGAGGCACUCGAAGUUGCAAAGGGUAUGCCAAUGGAAGCUGGCGAGGCCGGUUGGGGUGCUCUUUUGAAUGCAUGCAGAGUGCAUGGCAAUGUAGAGAUUGGUGAAUGUGCUGCAGAUAAGCUAGUAAAACUCGAUCCAUCGGACAGUGGAAUAUAUGUACUUAUGUGCCAAAUAUAUGCAAGUAAAAGUAAAUGGGAUCAGGUGAAGAUGCUGAGGAUGUUGAUGAGAGAUAGAGGGGUAAAAAAGAACCCUGGAUGUAGUUCUAUUGAGGUGGAUGGAAAAUGUCAUGAGUUUUUGGCGGCAGAUGUUUUACAUGUUCAUUCAGAAGAUAUUUAUGCAGCAUUGAAGAACAUUUAUAUCCAUUUAAAACUGGAAGGUUAUGUUCCUCUGACUUGACAUGAGUGUGGCUGUAGAUAGAAAACGAAAACUUAGCAGCAGACAGCAUUUCAUAUAUAUAAAGCUCAUCUCUGUGCAAUCAUGCUGUACAUAGUUUCUUCAAUGACCUGCUGUGAUACAUUCAGUUCAUUCGAUGGCCCAAGAACGAGGUGAAUUUCUAUUGUCUUAAAAAAGAAAUUAAUGGACAGAAAAAUAAGGGCCAUUCUGAUUUGUUAUGCAGUACGUACAUAGGUUUGGCCAGAUUUUGUCAUGUGGAGAAAAUGUUAUACUGUUGAGUAACUCAAUUGACCCCUGACUAUUUCUGACCACCAAACUAUAGCCAGCUGUAAAGCUUUUCCAUGGUGAAACAUAUUCCUUCCAUUCUAGUAUCCAAAAUGCGCUUUGGAAAGGCUUUCUCAACAUUAUUAAGCUCCGAGACUCGGCAUUUUUUACCUACGCAUAAGCUCGCAACUUCAACUUGCUGUGUGGCUACAAUGAUCCGGUUCCCAUUAUUGUUGAGGGGAAAGUAAGUUUUGAUCCAGUUCCAAUCUUCUAUGGUACACAGGUCAUUAAGAACAAUCAGGUAACUCUUGCUAUUUACAUGCUCGUUGAACUCGUCAACCAAAUCUUCUUGCUUUAUUGUCAGCAUCUUUUUGAGAACAUAAGCCCCUACAGUGGUUGCUCUUUCUUGACAGCUUUGACCCCCAGCUGCCAGUUCUGGAAAAGAACAUCCAUAGAACUGCCUCAUAAUGUUCCGCAUGAACAUGAUCGGAUCAAAAGGAUGUGUAAGCUUGAUCCAGGCACGACAUUCAAACUUGUCUGCAUCAUCAUACACCUUCUGUAUCACAGACGCCUGCCCAAGAACACCACAUGUUCCCCACACGGCGAUGACUCCAAGGUCCUUGCCCUCCCUGUUGAUAAGUUGGGCAAGGUCCACUCUCGGCCUGUCCCGCUUCAUGGCACGCCUCGCCUCGUCGAUGCCGAACAUCGUCGCGCUGCCUGCGAAGUUUUGGUCGGCGGCGGUGGUGACAUGCUUGGAGUCAGCAGCAGCGGCAGGGCUCCUGAUGAGGCGGUACCUCAAGUUCCUCUGGCUGACAUCCUCGACCUUCUCCCGCAGGUCCUUCAUCUGCUUAGCCACAUGGCGCCGGUCAAGCAGUGUCCUGAGGAAACGCCACCAGGAUGGCUUCUCGAGGCGGACAGCCAGGUCCUGGAGGCAGUCCUCGACGUCGUAGCCCAGGUCACGGACCUGCUUCACCCAGGUCCCGACCACCUUGCCGUCGUCCUGCUCGCCGUGCGCGACCAUCAAGAAGGACUGCAUCAUGUCGAGCUCGUCCCUGAUGAAGGCCUGGUCGCGCUGUACCCCCAGCUGCAGCGCCACCUCCGCCGCGAUGGCGGACUGGGCGUAGCCGAGCGCCCCCUUCACCGCGGACUUGCCCACGCUCAACACUGUCGCCUCCAUUGAUCCCAACUGUUUCUGUGUGGAUCUGAGACUAUAGUGGUCAGUGUAAAAUCGACCAAGCAGCAGCUGCUGAUGUGUGUAGCCAAAGGACGGAUCAACAGUGAAGGGCUGGUGGGUUUAAUCAACGCCUCAUCAAGCCCAUGCUGGCUUCAAGACAACAAGAAGAAGAACGAUGCAUGAAUUGAGGGGGUUGUUGGUACCGGGGCUAAGCAUGCCAGCUCAUUUGCCCAACUACCGCGCUAAAUGUUCCAAAUGAUUAAGGGUUUUAAGGCUGGUCCUGAACUGCUACGUCCUGCAUGUGUAGAUAAAAAUAGGUGACAGCUGAACUGCUAAAGCCUUUGGUCUUCUGCACGGGCUUCGGUUGGCAGAGCAAUUUGGAUGCAACCGAUUCGGACUGUGUCGAUGUGAAUGAAGUGAUGCUGACCAGCGAACGGUCUUUUGGUUCAGCAGCAACAAUCUUUGAUGAAUGCACCUUGAUGGAAAGCAAGCUUCGUGCAUUUCCCAAUAGGAGGUUUAUUCUGUAGCUGACGAGAGCUGGAGUUGAUGUGAACGUUUGGCCUGAUCCCUCUCUUGGUUAAUGAUCCAACAAUUUUUUAUGGUGAAUAAAGCAUUGUUUAGCUAGAAGAUGCCUGGGCGGGGCAAUAAGUUAGUAACAAUAAAUUAAUCUGAAUGACUAGCUAGUGCAUGAUGAUGCCUGGGCAGGCAAAGACAGAUGCGUGGAUUUCUUUUAUUAGAAGUGGGGAUAAGCACAAUGACCUCUCACCAAGAGGAGGGACAAGGGGGAUAUUCAAUAUACUAGUAUUUGUUUCUACAGCUUGUUUUUAAAGUUGUUUAUGGUUGCAUGUGUGCCUGAUCAUCUUCACCCAUCAGUAGUUUAAAUUUUAGUGCUCACUUUGCGUCUCAACAGAAAAUUUAUAGCCAUGCUUUAUAGUUUUACCGAGAAGUAUUUUUUUGCAGAUGCAUGUGGCUGGAGCAGUUCUGCGAUGGAGCUCGUUGAUUGGGGGCGCAUGCUUUCUCCAUGGAAAAUGGUCCGCCCUUCCCCGCAUGGAUGGCGAGAGGAGCAGGUGGGAGAAUGAAUAGAGGGAGGUGCAUGCAUCUGCGGUCUGUUUGAGCAUGAAGAAUUCAAAGGGAUCGCUCGUUCAACAGCUUCUCCCAAGCUUGGCCCCCACCCAUCCCAAGAGAAGAAAAGAAAAAGACUUGAGAGGCCUCCCUGUGACUAGCUCAUACUCUCACGGGCCCUCUCCGUGUUGACUCAAAACAUUCCUCCCCAUCUUCCUUGCGAGGUCCAAGGCGAGGCGUCCUGGGGAGCUGAUCGCGCUCUCCCUCGAGCCAGCCGGCAGCUCCGCGGCUGCUUUUUCUUCCUGAUUUCCUGGUCGAGGCACUCGAAGAAAUAACAUGCGUAACAACAGGAGAUCGCUGCUGAAUUAGCUCAUUUUCUGAAACAGCUGCCCCAGGAACGCACCAUGGCUUUCAGGUCGAAGUUGGUGGGGGCGGCGGCGUUUGCAAAGAUGGCCGGGGCUAUGAAGCUCACGGGAGGCCUCAAGGUCGGCGCGGUUGCUGCAGCCGUAGUAGCUGCAACCACGGCUGCGAUUUCCGGGAAGGACACGAACAAAUGCAAUCGCAGGCCGAGAACAGAUGAUGAUAUAUAGAUGUCCUAAUGAAGUGGAGUAGCACUACUUAUUUGGAGAUGUCCAAUGGAUCAACAUGUUAGCUCUGGGCGAUCGCCAUCAUUUUGCUUGCACUUUGUCCGCGGCUGCAGAUUCAGCUACCUUGUUUGCUUCUUUUUUCUUUCUUCUUUCGUUAAUGUUUAUAUGUUGGAACUUGUAACAAUCAGAAAAUGCCACGCCCAGGACUCGUGUUGACGUGAGCAUGAUCAAGGAGGUCAGACACAAGCGCUCCCUUGGUAUCUA